AUUUUCUUUUUUUCUUAUUUGGGCUCAUCCCCUGAGACACAUUUGUCCGCGCAUUAUACUUUACUAUCAGCAUGCAUGCAAUGGUUGUUUCUUUCGUUUCUUCGUCAUGUCCUCUGCUGUAGAACUUCGGCCACUGCUGUUGUCCUCCGCUCUUGCUUUUAUUCCUGGUGUCAGAAAAACACACAGCAGAGGGCAAAUCAUCAGACAGAAUGUAAUAACUCUACACAAUCACUGCUGUAUAAAGACACCUUUAUGUAGCGCAUUCUUCUUUUCUUUUUUUGUUCGGCAGUUUAAGUUCGUUGGUGAUGAUCGACAUACUGUCCGAGCUUUCGGAGAAGUUGUUUAUAACAAACUUCAACAUGCAUUAUCAGUUUUACAAAAAAAUUAGAC